AUGGCUGAAAUUUUGAAUAUUAUUGAAGAGCAAAAGGCUAGUUUAUUAAAUGUGAAACGAAUUAUUCAGAGUUAUGAGGCAAAAGCAGGAAAAACGCGCGGUUAUGCACAAAUGGUCUUCAAAGAAAUAGAGUCCAUUACUGAGAAAUUUAAAGAUGCUCAUGAAAUAUUGCAAGGAAUUGUUCGCGAUAACACAAUAAAUAUUAAUGAUAUUUCAUAUUUUAGCGAGGAAAUAUUUUACCAAUUUCAAGAUUUAUCAUUUACCUUCCGAGGUCAACUGUUUGAUUUUAUUAAUGAAUCCACCAACACACAAUCACCAGGUUUUCAUUCUACUUUUUCUGCCCCCUCCCAUACUCGAAAUGAGACUAUACCAGUAGAGGCUCGUUUACCAAAAAUCGACAUUCCUACAUUUGCCGGUGAUUAUCUUUCAUGGAUUGCUUACAGAGAUAUGUUUAUUUCUCUAGUCCAUAAUAAUCAAGCGUUAACUAACGUUCAAAAAUUCUAUUUUCUAAAAUCUUCAUGUUCGGAUACUCCGUUAGGUAUUGUAAAUGAAUAUCCAGCAUCAGACGCAAAUUAUAAUUUGGCUUGGAACGCCCUCAAUAGACGGUAUCAUAAUAAACGUAAAAUUGUUGAUCAUAUAUAUGGAAAACUUUUUACGAUACCAAAUUCAAAUGGGUCAGCUGAAAGUAUACAAAAUAUUUUGGACACGACUCGUAAUUGUCUUGCGCUACUUAAUGCUUUGGACAUUUCCACUGAGAAAUGGGAUUCUAUCUUGAUUUAUCUCACAGUUAACAAACUUGACAGACAAAGUCGUAAAGAGUGGGAACAAUCGUUGAAAGGCUCCACAGAAAUUCCCCCAAUUGAAGAUUUAUUUACCUUUUUGGAAACUGCAUUUCGAACCUUGGAAUCUAUUGAUGAAUCUGACCAAAUAGAUAAUAUGGCUUCUUCAAGAAUGCAACAUUUUCAAAAUAGAACAAGAAAUAUUCCGCGACGUAAUGUUCAUAUGACAACUUCUAAUACAACUUCAAAUGAUUCUAAUUGCCCAUGUUGCAACAAACGACACCUUUUGGUUAAGUGCUUCAAAUUUAUUGGUAUGACACCCGUUGCUAAAAAUGAAUUCAUAAAUUCUAUGAGAAUUUGUCGUAACUGUUUAAAUACAGGCCACUUUAGUUAUCAUUGUCGCUCAUUGUCCCGCUGCCAAACCUGUCAACAAAAUCACCACACCAUUCUACAUAAUGUGUUUUCAACGACAUUUGAUACUACUGAUAACAGUCUUUCGAAUCCGAACAUACUAAACCCAGUUCCAAAUGAUACAAACCCUUCCACAUCUGCUCAAACUACUGAUGAUAGUUUUAAUGUUGCUUGCAAUUUUGGUACAGUAAAAACUGCAAAUAUUGCUCAAGUACUAUUAGCCACUGUGCAAGUUUCUUUGAAAACACAUGAUGGUAAUUUUAAUAUUCGUGCUCUGCUUGACCAAUGUGCUCAAGCGACUUUGAUAUCUCGAAAGGCCGUGGAUGCCUUAAAGCUUCCUAUGCAUAAAACAUAUGUACAAAUUAGUGGCCUUGGAAAUAAUACUCCAUAUACAUCAAAAAAAUAUGUAGAAUUUACACUUCUCUCAAAUUUAGAACCUAGUUUUAAAAUUAACUGUAAAGCUUAUGUGUUGCCAAAAAUAACGAGUUAUCAACCACUGUCUCUUGAUGAAAGUACAUUGCCUAACUUAAAUGACUAUCAGCUUGCUGAUCCAUAUUUCUCUAAACCUGGUUCAAUUGACAUUCUACUUGGCGGCGAUGUUUACGGUAACAUUAUUUUGCCUAAGCAACAGAAGUUCAAAAAUAGUAUUUUUAUACAAUCUUCUCACUUCGGAUGGAUAGUUUCGGGUCCAACAAAACCUAUGUCUUAUCAGAACAAUGUAAUUAUAAAUGUAUGCUCACUGGAACAACAACUACGUGCUUUCUGGGAACAAGAGGAACUAUUGGAAAAACGGUCUUUAACAGAGGAAGAAAAUUUAUGUGAACAACAUUUUAGAAAUACCACAACUCGUGAUUCAAGCGGACGUUACACAGUUUCACUACCAUUUAAAUCUUUGCUUAGAAAAAAUCAUUUACCUAAUUUUAACCACACUGAUUAUACUGCCCUUUCGCGUUUAAAAAGUGUCGAGGCAAAAUGUUCUUCCAAACCUGAUUUUGGGAAACUUUACCAAGACUUUAUGGAAGAUUACGAAAAGCUUGGUCAUAUGAAAAGAGUUGGUAUUUAUCCACGUGACUUACAACCAAAUGGUUUCUUUUUACCACACCAUGGCAUUUUAAAAGAGAAUAGCUCUACAACUAAAUUGAGAGUUGUUUUCGAUGGAAGUUGCAAGCGAGGGAAUCAACCGUCAUUAAAUGAAGAACUAGCUUCGGGCCCUGCACUGCAAAACGAUCUUCCGAUCAUAAUUACUCGGUGGAGGCGUUAUAAAAUUGGAUUUCGGGCAGAUUUAGAGAAAAUGUUUAGGCAGAUAAAAGUUGUAGAUGAACAACAGAAAUAUCAACAAAUUUUAUGGAGAAGUCCAGGCUCAGACAAAAUAAUUAUUUACAAAUUAUCUACCGUUACGUAUGGCACAAAACCUGCCCCCUUUCUUUCAAUAAGAGUUCUACAACAGUUAUCGUCCGACGAAAAUGACAAAUAUCCGUUGGCUUGUAAGGUUUUAAAUACCGAUACUUAUGUGGAUGACGUUAUCUCUGGAGCUGAUAAUUUGGUUGAUGCUUUAGAACUUCAUACGCAGUUAUGUCAACUCCUAUAUAAAGGAAAAUUUAAUUUGAGAAAGUGGACCACUAAUUCGGAAGAACUAUUGUCUCACAUACCCUUGGAAUUUAGAGAAAACUCAAAUGUUUAUCGACUUAAUGCAGUAAAUACAGUAAAAGCACUUGGCCUAGAAUGGAAUACUGUUGAUGAUUGUUUUUCUUUUAAAAUUAAUUUUGAUAAUAGUGGUACAAACGUUACUAAAAGAAGUUUGUUGUCGGAUGCAGCGAAGCUUUACGAUCCUCUAGGGUGGUUAUCCCCUACUACUAUAUUAGCAAAAAUAGAAUUUCAAAACUUAUGGUUAUUGGGCCUCGAUUGGAAUGAUUGUCUUCCUGAAACAUUAAAAAUGAAGUGGUUAGAAUAUCGUAAUAAUCUCAAGGAACUUGAAAAAAUCAAAAUUCGUAGAUGGAUUGGUUUAAAUCAGAAUGUGAAGCUUGAAAUACAUGGAUUUUGCGAUUCAUCUAAACUUGCUUAUGCCGCUGUUGUUUACGCAAAGACUAUUUCCGAUGAUGGCUAUACUCAAAUUAAUAUUAUUCAAGCAAAAACUAAAGUUAGUCCACUAAAACGCAUAACCAUACCCAGAAUGGAAUUGUGCGGCGCUAAUCUGCUGGUCAAAUUGGUUAACAAAAUAACAUCUUAUAUAGACACCGAAAUCUCUCAGGUCUUCUACUGGACCGAUAGUACAACGGUUCUUUCAUGGAUUCGUGGACAAUCGUCUAGAUGGCCAGUUUUUGUGGGAAAUAGGGUGGCAGAAAUUCAACGUAUGUCUACAACUGCUCAAUGGAAAUAUGUGUCAACUCGUGAUAAUCCAGCUGACUGCGCAUCAAGGGGAAUAUCUUCUAAAGAAUUAGUGGAACAUGAUUUGUGGUGGAGUGGCCCAAAAUGGCUUAAAGAAAUUCCAUCAUGCUGGCCAAAACAACCAAAUCUUAGUUAUGAUGAUGUCGAAAAUAUUGCUGUUGUAAAUACACAUAUAACUGAAGUAAAAACCAAUGAGUAUCCUGAGCUUUUAACCGAGUUUUCGACUCUGAACAAACUUAUCCGUGUUACUGCUUAUAGAAUUCGUUUUAAAAAUAAUUUCAUUUACAAAUAUUAUCAAAAUAAAUUAGUAGACAAAGGUUACAGCAAGAUGACGGGAUUUCUUACUACCAAGGAGCUGAAUGUCGCUCGUUUUGAUCUUAUACGAAUAUCGCAACAAAUUGAUUUCUUUAGUGAACUUCUUGAAUUUCACAAGAAAGGCUACAUUUCAUCGAACACCUCGGUUGCAAGAUUGUGUCCUUUUGUAGAUUCUUCUCAUAUUUUAAGAGUUGGCGGUAGAAUACAAAACUCCGAACUAAGCUUUAGCUCUAAACACCCCAUUUUAUUAAAAAAACAAAAUCCAUUAUCAUAUCUUAUAUUUCUAGACGCACAUAUAAAGACACUCCAUGGUGGAUUAAAUCAAAUGCAAUCAUACGUUUUACGAGAAUAUUGGAUUCUAUAUGGGAAAAAUAUUGCUAAACUGGUAUUACGAAAAUGUACAAUUUGCUUCAAAUACAACGCGAAAGCCGCACAACAGAUGAUGGGAAAUUUGCCAAGCGUACGUUUAAAACCUUCACGUCCUUUUAAACACAGUGGGGUUGACUAUGCAGGUCCCAUAACAAUAAAACAGUCUACUGCUCGUAACUCUGUAACUACCAAAGGUUAUAUAUGCUUAUUUGUUUGUAUGGUGACAAAGGCUUUGCACCUGGAGGCAGUUACAAGUCUUUCUACAGAUGCUUUCAUGGCUGCGUUCCGACGUUUUGUUUCUCGUCGUGGUGUGUGUACUGAUCUGUAUUCUGACUGCGGUACAAAUUUUAUUGGCGCAAGUAAGGAGCUUCAAAUUUUGUACAACCGAAACAAAUCCUCAAUUCCGAAAGAAAUGCUUGAGAACCUCGCUUCGAAUGGAACCACAUGGCACUUCAUACCACCAGCAUCUCCAAAUUUUGGUGGCCUCUGGGAGGCUGGAGUGAAAUCUACAAAAUAUCAUUUGAAGAGGAUUAUGAUGAAUCGAGUACUCACGUUUGAAGAGCUGACAACACUUUUGGCCCAAAUCGAAUGUUGUUUAAAUUCUAGGCCACUUUGUCCACUAAGCUGUGAGCCCAGAGAUUGUAACGCUCUUACACCUGCUCAUUUUUUAAUUAGUGAACCCACGCUGUGCAUUCCAGAAGAGGAUUUACUUGAUGUUAACAUCGAUCGCCUCAGCAGAUGGAAAGUCGUUGAAAGUUUAAAACAACAUUUUUGGCGCCGUUGGGCUAAUGAAUGGUUAUCACGAUUACAAGCCAGACCAAAAUGGCUAAAGCUCAACAAAAAUGCUGAAAAGGGAGAUUUGGUGAUAGUUUUUGAUGAAAGAUGUUCUCCUGGUGAAUGGCCGCUGGCUCGAGUUCAAGACGUACAUCCAGGCAAAGAUGGUUGUGUAAGGGUGGUAACACUAUUUUCAAAUGGCAAAACUUAUAAACGACCAAUUUCUAAAAUUGCCUUUUUGCCAACAAAUGAGUGUUUUGAGUCUACAGAGAGCGAUCUAUCUUCAAAACCAAAAGAAGCUUCCAUGGAUUAA